AUGUCAAACACAAAAACGCGACCAAACCCCAAUGCAAAAGCCGCCUCCGCGCCACGACCCAGAUUUGGCACCGCCAACCCAUCGAAACCAAAACCUCCAUCACGGCCUCAACCACCAGCGCCCAAACGCCGCAAGAUCAGUCCCACCAAACGCAUCACUCUCUUCCCGCAUCCCCCGCGGCCGCGGCACCACCUCCCGACGCUCCAACCCUCCGUCACCGACACCAGCGGCACAACUCUAAACAGCGCCGCCGCCGCCGCCGCUGCUCCAGCCGCAGACCGUCUAAAGCGGCUCCACGCCAUCACCUCGCUGCUCGCGACGCUGCACGCGCGCAACAAGAACCAGCAUCGCGCACAGCUGUGGUUCAAGUGGCUCAACCUCCUCAGGCGGCGAGUGGCGGAAUUGCUGAGGUUGGAGGUCGAGCUCUUUGAGUUACGGUAUGGUGGGCGAGGAGACACUGGUGCGGGGGUAGGGGUGGAUAUGGGGGUGGGAGCAAGGGAGGUGAGGAGGCGGUUUGAGAGGGAGGGGAUUUUGGAGGAGCGGAAAGGCGAGGUGGAAGGGUGGGUGCGGGAAAGGGUCCUGCCUGGUGCGUCGGUCGCGGUGAGUGGGCUUGUGGGGGAUGGGCAGUUUGCGGGGAUAGGCUUGGUUUUGAUGGGGGUUUUGGCGGAUGUGAGGGCGCUUGUGGGUGGGCCGUUGGAGAGGGUGGCGGAGAUGGAGGCUCGGGCGGAUGGCGGGCGUGGUGUCCUACUUACGACACGACAGGCGGCAGAGGACGAUGAGGAUGGACGGGCAGAGGAUACUGGGCAGGUGGUGCAGCGACGAGAAGAGGCCGACACUGGCGAUGCGGACUGGCACAAGCUGGCGAGUAGACCUGUCAGCAAGAUCGAACAUGGCGCCACCGCCGACUCCGACGUCGAAGUGCACGAUGCCCACGAAGCCGACAUCGACCAGGAGAUACGAGCCUCCUCGCCUUUCGCCGCCUUCAGCGACGAUGAAAUUGACUCGGCAGAUCCCUCUGCGGGGAGCUCCGGCGCGGCGGCUGAGGGAUCUGGCCUUACUACUACUGCUCAUCAGGCCCAUGUACAUGCGCCGCCGCAGCACGUCAAGCCGCGCGGGACCUACAGCACGGGACGACUUAGGGAGGAUGGCGAUGCGGAGUUCCGACCCGCAAGACCAGCAGGCGCGGCAGAUGCAAGUCAGCCACACGAUGGGAGCACAGCGGUAGCCGUGAAGUAUAGCGAGGACAAGUCGACUGGGCCCAGAGAUCAGGACGGACAUGGAGUUAAGCUCUUGGGGAGGCCAAAGUCGAGCAAGAAGCAGCAGCGGCAGCAGCGGCAGAAGGAGCAGAGGGAGGAUUACACGGGGUCGAUAAUGGGCGAGACCAACAUCAAAGGCAAUAGCAAAGGCAAGACCAGGACCAAGACCAAGAGCAUAGGCAAGAGCAAAGGCAAGACCAAGGGCAAGACCAAAGGAAAAGGCAACGCAAUCGACGACCUCUUUGCGGGCUUCAAGUAA